GCAUGCCCGAUUAGAACGCGAUGUAUGAUUUCGUGACGUAAUAGAACGUUAAGACGUCACAAGUACGCCGUGUGUUUUGUGUGUAACGAACAAGUUGUGAUGCCCUGACACGGGCUAGGGCACAAUGCACUGUCCUUGUUGCUGGGCACGGGUUAGAUCACCGGCAGAAACGUAUAACGCAUAGGCGCCGCCACUAGUAAGUAGAGACCUUCACACUAGCACCCUGUCGGUAUAUUCAAUACGAGAUAGUGAUGUGGUUUGGAAGCAAAUCCGAUCCCGAGCCGAAGAUAGACAAGAUUCGGGACGACGUUCGUCUGAAGAAGAAAGGUUCUGACGGAGAUUUCUCGCCGUGCAAGCGCGUGCAGGGUCUGGUGGCCCUGGGGUACGAGAUGGGAGAGGUCAUCGGACAGGGGCAGUUCUCCAAGGUGCGGGUAGCGUACUGCCCCAAGCUGAGAAGGAAAGUCGCAGUCAAGGUCAUCUCUAAGAGGAAGUCUCCUAAGGAUUAUCUCCGUGACUUUGCGCCUAGGGAGGUCUCCAUACUUCAGCACCUUAACCACAUAUAUAUGAUUGACAUCUACCGGGCCCUGGAGGACCAGCGCAGUAUGUACCUGGUGAUGGAAUAUGCCGCCAACGGAGACCUGCAUGACUACAUCAACACGAAAGGGCAUCUGGACGAGACGGAGUCGCGAGCGCUGUUCCGUCAGCUGAUAGAGGCGGUGGCGUACCUACACAGGGCCCGGGUAGUGCACAGGGACAUCCGGCCUGAGAACUGUCUGUUAGCCGAGGGAAACCAGCUCAAGCUAGCAGACUUUGGUUUUGCUGUCUGGAACCGGACGAAAGAAAUGCUGAACGCACACUCCGGUUGCUAUGGCUACGCCGCUCCGGAGGUAGUAGAGGGAGAGCGUUAUGACGGAGAGAAAGCAGAUGUGUGGAGCAUGGGUGCCACACUGUUUGCCAUGCUGAACGGACGGGAACCCUUCCCAGACUCGGGGGAUGUCGGCAUCCUACUCAACUCCAUGGCGCAGAAAUUCAGGUUCCACCAGAAGACUUCAAAGGAAGCGCGAGUUUUUGUACGGCGUAUGAUGAGUCUGGAUCCCGAAGACCGCCCCUACUCAGUCGACCUGCGCAAAGACGUCUGGAUACAGAAACCCUGUCAAAUCACAGACACCUACUCAGAAAGCUCCGUCACGUCAAGUGUCUGGAACGCUGACUUUGACUUGAACCAGGAACAUGGACUAGCCGCAGGUCAGCACAGCUUUGAAAUCCCGCCAAAGACCGUGACCAAACUACUCAAGUCUGUGGCGCUCAACAGUAUUGACACAGACGAAUCUCUGGUUCGGGUGAAGAGGGGCGUGGCGAGAAUCAACUCCCGGGAGAUCGGGAUCAGCGGGCCCGCCGCCAGGAGAGUCAGUGUCGCCCUCACCAGUAACGUGGACGUGUCCAAGCUUCCUGUGAAAGGGUCUGCCUCUGGCAAAUCCCUCGGUCAGAGGAUGAGCUCGAUGUUACGGCGUUCCUCCAGCAUUCUGCGGUCGGGCUCCCAGGUCCAGCUCCCCGCCCAGGAAAUCAUCGACGCCAUGGUAAAGCAGCGCCAGGAGGAGGUGAAGAGGGACAUGGGGCGGAUACACAGCAUGACCGGGGCUCUGUUCGCCUCUGCCGCCGGCAGGGCACGGAGACAGACCAUCUCCGCCAACCGCUUCGAGAUGGCGUACGUGCAAGUACUGCACGACAAGAUCGCUCAGGAAACAGGCUACGUCAUAGGAGAAACGCGCGGGAAAAUGGAGCGGCUACGGCACAAGCUGGAGAGAAUGGCGGGAGGGGAGGAGGCAGGCGGGGAGGGGUGCUGAGUUCCCCCGUCUACAGUAGCUGACUUCAUCGGAAACGUAUCUAACCAUUCAUAUUGUUAAUACAGACUUUUAGUACUGUAUUGGUGCUCAGAAAAAUGCAAUUGUUUACACUGAACUCAAACGAUAACAUCAGUUGAGUCUGUAGUUUUAAUGUCUUUACUGAUUGAAAAAUUACAAAUGCUGAAUAAACACAUACAGCACAGUACAUGAGUGUCUGUGGCAUCUUACAAAGCUUUAAGCCUAAGCCAAUACAUGCAUUGCGAGAUUUUUAACACAUUUAACGAUAAUGACAUAAAAGUACGUCUUAAUUCCAAUUUUAUCCACAUUCUGUGGUACAUUUGUUACACAAGUCCUAACAAUAGUGACCAUUGAUAUACACAUCCCUACACAUAAGCAAAACUUAACCACCCUUCCUCUAUCACCGAACAGAAGUAGACAACAUUGGAGAUGCUUUUUCAGCAAUAUAGUUCUGUAUAUAGUCUAUCUGUGUUCACACACAGGACUGUACCAACAUCUUCACAUUUCUCUCUCUGGUUGUGAGUUGAAAAUCAUUAAGCAUGGUUAAUGACCACCCGGAGAUCAAAACCCAAAUAUGCCAAGUUUACCUGCAGAUGUACAGAACAGACUGUUGACAUCUGUAAACAAAGUAUAGUUAAGCAAAGGGUACAUCUGAUUAUCAGACAACCAGUAGAUACAGUAUGCAUGUGAAGUGUCCUGACUAGGCAUAGCAGCAAUUCUAAAUAAGCCAAACAACUGGGUGAUGUUCCAAGUAAUUGAGAUACUAAAAUAUCAAUUGUUUUCAUUGCAAUGUUCUUUCAAAACAAACCAGUAUUUCAAAGUUGUUCACACAAUACUAUGGUACAUGUAGUAUCAUUUUGUAAAUAUAUUUCAUAGCUCUUUUCUUUCCUUUCCUUUCACUGCACCCAAACCGUGUGUUUCUAUCCUCUAGAAAACUUGUUCACAUACUAGUAUACUACACAAGCUAAUAGGUAUAAAUUCUGUCUGGGCCCUUUUCAGCAGUAGGCUCAUGUAUAUAUCUAUAAUUCAGUUUGGCAUUUUCAAUACCUUAUUGCUUUCACAUUCUUCAAAAAUACAGAAAUCCUUCUCUUAUUAUCACAUACAUGUGUCAGCUGUAGACAUCCUAAGCAGCGUAAUUGUACAUGCGCACUAACAAUCUACACUAGUUUUACUAGUAAAUGUACUUACACAUGCACAAAUAUGAAUUAUGCCCUUUGUACUACCAGCUGCUUGUAGUUGUUAUCAUGCAACAAUAACAAUCCAUGACUACAAUUCAAUCACUGGUUACUUGUACUUCUAUAAUACUGUCAUUAGUAUAUAUGUAUAAAGUACAGUAUAUAGCUUUAGCUGUCAAGAAGUUUUUAGGCAUGUAUAAAACAAGACAACUUUGCUAUGCCUUUGACCUUGAUGUAACCAUGGCUGAUUGACAGUUAAAUUCCCUGAACUUAAUAAACUGCAUUGUUUAGAAGUGAUGUAACAUCAUUGUGAAGAAAUGCUGAACAAGAUGUAGGAAAAUCAUGAGUUUUUGUUGCAAUGAUGUGGAUUUUUUUUCAAUCCCUCAAUAUCAGAUCCUUUGGCUUUGUUUUCUUGCAACAAAAGCUGACACAUUGUUACACGACACAGUUCUAUAAAGGAAUAUAUAAACUGUCUGAGCAGGGAAGACUGAUAGCAUGAUUCUACAUGGCACUUUGGAGCAAGAAGGGGGAAAAGCUGCCUUGAUAGUAGAAAGCUGCCCAAGACAUAAGCUUUGCAUAAGAUUGGAGGAAUACUUUAAGCAAACCUGAUGCAGACUGUCUGAAACAAUACCCAUUGUACUGGAUAAUGCCUGCUGCUGCACAACAGACAAACAUACAGACAAGACAGACAUCAUGCAUCCAUACAUUUGUAUGAACCCUGAUAAUGUUCGAUUGCAAAGAUUUUUACGCAUUCAAAACUGUAGUAACUUCUGUAAUAUGCUAAAAGUAGAAACCUAACAUGCACCAUGGAAAUUCUUAUGUUGCCACACAAACAUCAAAUUUGUCUUAAUUUCUAGGUGAUGAAUUUUUACAAUCAUUCUUAACCCUAUUCUUAAUGAUGACAUACUUAUAGAGCUGAUGACAAGGCUAAUCAAGGACUUUGCUCUUGUGUUUGAGUCACUGACAGAGCCACCUAAUACACAUUUGUACUUAACAUGCUUCACUACAAGAUUUGUUUUGGGUACAAUGUGACAUGUGUACAUUCAUUAGCUGCAGUUUUGUUCAACUUUAUGUACAAGCAUGUAAAACAGUAGAACUGAGCCAAAAAAGCAGCAUCUUAGUGACAAGCUAUUCUGUAUGCUCCUAGCAAAAAUUGUUCACUACUGCUAGCAUUUCAUCCUGUAUAUUAAAGACAAUGUAUAAAUCUU